GUCUCAUCAGCGUUGCAUUGACACUCCUGCACGCUUUGCUUGUAUAUUGAAGCAUCCUCGUUCACUUAUUCGACUUCGACACCGAUACAACUAGUCAUAGCUCAACAAUCACCGCGCAUCUCGGCAAUCCUCUUCACACCACAAUACACGCAUAAAUACGUGCCACCGGUCCUCGAGGCCUGAUUUUGCUCUCAAUAUGGCGGAAGGAGCGUUCAGACAGCCCACACAUCCCGAACACGCACCAACAAGCGAUAAUGCUUCUGAAGUCACACACGUAGAAGCCGAAAAGCUUGAACCGAUCCGUCGUGAGCCAACGAUUGAAGAUGUGAUCAAUCUUCCAAUUCGACAACUUAGCAACGAAGCGAACUUGAACGAAUACACACAGGAGACGAUCGAUGGUCGCUUGCAAGAAACGCGCACCAAUGCGACCGGCAACAUCGAACGCUACGAGCUGGUGACAUUCAAGAUAGACGACCCAGAGAACCCGAAGAACUUCUCAAAAGCUUACAAGUGGUGGUGCACCAUGUGUGUUGCCAUCACUUGCUUUGCUGUAGCUUUCAAUUCGGCCGUCAUCACUGCCGACCUUGAAGGCGUUGGAGCGGAGUUCAACGUCAGUGAGGAAGUCACUUUGCUCACCAUCACACUUUUCGUUCUCGGAUUUGGCGUCGGACCAAUGGUGUUUGCCCCCGCGUCUGAAGUCUGGGGACGUCGUCCGGUCUACGGGGUCACAUUGGCGCUCGCUGUGAUCUUCACCAUCCCAGGUGCAGUUGCCAAAAACAUUGAAACACUACUUUGUACUCGCUUCAUCGCGGGAGUUGCCUUCAGUGCCCCCAUGAGUUUGGUUGGAGGCACAUUGGUUGACCUUUGGAGGAAUGAGGAGCGAGGUGUUCCUAUGGCUGCCUUUUCUGCCGCGCCGUUCAUCGGACCUGGUGUCGGACCACUUGUUGGAGGUUACCUUUCUGAAGCUGGAGGAUGGAGAUGGCUUUACUGGAUCCAGCUCAUUCUAAGUGCCGUCGUCUGGGUUCUCAUCACGUUCACUGUGCCGGAGACAUAUGCCCCUAGGCUCCUGGCCGAUCGCGCAAAGAAGCUUCGCAAGGAGACUGGGGAUGCGAAAUAUGUCACCGAGCAGGAUCUCGACUCGCGACCCUUCACGCAGCAGCUCACGAUCUUCCUGCUCCGACCUUUCCAGCUCCUGUUCCGAGAACUGAUUGUUUUCUUCAUCUCGUUAUACAUGAGUGUUUUGUACGGUCUUCUGUACAUGUUCUUUAUCGCCUAUCCCAUCGUCUACCAGAAGGGCAAGGGUUAUAGCGCUGGCACAACAGGGCUUAUGUUCAUUCCGCUCAUCGUCGGCGUGCUACUGUCGGCUGCUUGCGCACCUCUCGUCAACAAACACUAUCUUGGGAUUUCCAAGAAGUACAAUGGUCACCCUCCCGCAGAAGCACGCCUCAUUCCCAUGAUGUGUUCGUGUUGGUUCAUUCCCAUUGGUGUCUUUAUUUUCGCGUGGACGUCAUACGAAGAUAUGCACUGGGCCGGCCCUGCUAUGGGUGGACUUUCUGUCGGGUUCGGUUUCAUCUUCUUGUACAACUCGGCCAACAACUACCUUGUCGACUCGUACCAGCAUCAAGCAGCGUCAGCGCUGGCGGCGAAAACGUUCCUACGAUCCAUCUGGGGCGCGGCCUGCGUCCUCUUCACCGUGCAGAUGUACGACAGGCUGGGCAAGCAGUGGGCAAGCUCGCUGCUUGGAUUCAUUGGCGUAGCUUGCUGCGCAAUUCCGUUUGUGUUCUACUUCUUCGGCUCGCGCAUCCGAGCGCACUCACACUACGCGUAUUCUGCGGAUGAAGAGAACCAGCCAGUCGAGAAGCAGGGUGCUUAGAAAGCUAUCGAGUCGCCGCAUGCUUGACGAGAACAGGUGCAUCGGGCCUUGAUGGAAUCGAUCGGUGGCUUGAUCGGUGCUGCUGUGUUUGGAUAGAGUUGAAAAUGUGGCGGUCAUGGUGGUGUUUUUACGCUUACAUUGCAUUGCAUGGCGUUGAGUUUCGGAGCAUUCGGAGGCUUUCGAUAAGGCGAAUUUAAUAGCUGGUAUACCCAUAUAGAACUCAAAGUUAAAACAAGAUCUGCUAAGCAGCUUCGAUUUCAUACAGAACCUGGCGUCAGA